AAGGACUGGAACGCUCCUAUUUGUGAACAGCUUUUAACAGCAGGUUGCCGGUUCAGGGAGGAUGUCAGUGGACAAGGAGAGACGGCGUGGAAAGACGUACAGUGUGUAUGAUAAACAAGCAGAAGAGUCGAGAAGGACGAAGUUGACGAGGACCAGGAAGGAAGCCCACUAGCACUUGCAUGAGUCCAAUCCUGCCCCACCUGUCCGAGCUCGCCUCCCAUUUCAUCCCUUUCCUGUCUGGAGCCAUGCAUCCACAGCGUCCUCUUCCGCAGGCCAUGCCUGCCUCUUCAUCCUCCUCCUCAUCGCUGGGACAGCAGCUGCGAGACAUGGCCAUGGGUCUGGGCCGCGGCAAGAACUUCCUAGGAGGGAACGUGGCCUACGGCUUCGUGCAGUCGCUAAAGGAGUGCCUCUACUUCUUGCUCUGCUGCUGGUGCAUCAAGGAGAUCCUGGACUAGAAACAUGUUGAUGGAGUGGAACGGAGUGAUUUUGUGUUUUGCUUUUUAAUCAGAGCUUUUGACAAGGGAUGCUGGAAAAACAAAGGAUGCUGUUCUUGGUUUUGCCUGGACAUGUUUCCAACGUUGCUGAUGUGGAGCUCAUGAUUGUGGCUGUGCAAGGCCACACUGUGCUAUGUCAUAAUAAACGACUUCAUCAAAAGAAAUA